GAAUUUCUGCGCUCUUUCUGGCAGCGACAGGUCGAUGCAGCUGAGCAGGAAACACCAGAUUACCGCCACCCUCCUCUUCCUCUUGCCAGGAUUAAAAAGGUCAUGAAAAGUGAUCCAGACGUGAAAAUGAUAGCAGCAGAUGCCCCCAUACUCUUCUGCAAAGCUUGCGAAAUCUUCAUAUCAGAAAUAACCGCUCGCGCAUUCAUCAUCGCCGACUCCAACAAGCGGCGCACCCUAUCUCGCGCAGAUAUUGCCAAAGCAUUAAGCAAGUCGGAUCAGUUCGACUUUCUCAUCGACAUCGUGCCAAGA